CAGACAACUGACGAACCUCAAGAUGCUCCCGCUAGUCCUGAAAUCCAUUUUAAACCGCUUGUUAACUUAGCCAAGAUAGAAGUAAAGUCACUGGAGGAAAACGAAGAGGCACUUCUGAAGUUGUAAGUAAACCAUCUUUAAACAAAUGAUGCCCCCUUUUCUUUGCCCUUUACUGGUAGCGCUAGUUCGUCAUUAAUUUCCGUAACUGAACAUGUAAAUUUCCUGACAGACGUGCAAAGCUGUACCGAUUUGAAACUAGCGGGGAAGAAAAUGAGUGGAAAGAAAGGGGAGUUGGCGAAGUGAAGAUCUUAAAGCAUGGCGAUAAAGGAACGUACAGAAUUCUAAUGAGAAGAGACAAGACGUUAAAGAUUUGUGCAAACCAUUACAGUAAGUAUUAAAAGCACAAGCCUGUCACGUUUAUUUUAUCUUGUGUAAUUAAAGGCAUGACUAAAUUAAUCAUCCUUUAAUAUUUCAGAUCUCGGAUUUUCAAUAGGUAGAUAUGACAUGCUAUGAGGGUCCUGAAAAUACCCAAAUCAGUUCCAUUAGUGACAUUGGAGCCUCUUGUUAGGAACAACCUCUGACUAUUUAGAUUGCGGCUUAUGCAUGGGGCACGGGGGAUGUUCGGCCCUAAAACCCAAAUGGAACAAACACAUCCUAUUCCAUAAAAUUUUGUGGAACAGGACUCUGAUGUAUUGUUCCCCUGAUAUGGUAGACAUUUUAUGUAGUAUCUUGGCUCUUGUAAUAAAUGGUACUACAUAUACAAACUUACAGCUCUGUCAAUUCCAAGCGUGACCAUCCAUCUCCCCCCACCCAGGCAUUUUUCAAGUGACAUGUUCCCAUGGUGGGACUUUGGUCUUCAAAGGUCUGCCUAAUAAUAGGGAAUUUGAUUGUUAAAUUUCUUAUUUUCUACCACUUUCAAAAAGGAAAAUUGAUGUAACUUAAGCAUACAUAAUAGCUCAGUCAAUUCCAAGUGUGCCCAUGGUUGACAUCGGUCCUUUUUCAAUACUUCAUUUAAAAAUACACCUAUUUAGAAAGCAUAUUUAGAAAGCUGAAAGCUUUAAAAAGAUAUGUGCUGGAAAAGUUCUGUUGUGAUGAGAAAAUACUCGUGUUAAGCUGGUUGGUUGUUUAUUUAUCAUUCACUAUUUUAAAUACCUUCAAAAAUAAAAAAAGUAUUAUUAAAAAUUCUAGUUUAAAGUUCCGUCAUUGAAGUUAGUCAGAUUGUAUGGAUGUGUUCAUUUUGCAAUGGUUAUAACUAGCGGCUAGGAGCGAUUUGCCAAGGGUGCGUCUUUUAUUUUGAUCAGAUUAUUGCAGAUUUCCUAUAAAUAUGGCAUUUUCAGCUGAUUUACUUGAAAAUGCAAUUUUGGUGUUGUUCUGGGGUGGGACAGUUGCACAAUUUUUUUCGGUCCCAACAUAGGGUUUUGGUGUGAACCACCUGGCCCCACUGUGGGGCAUUUGCAACUUCCACCCCCCCCCCUCACCCCCCAAAACCAGUCCCAAACCAGUUCCAUGGGAGUUGAACUCUUUUCUUAUGUAAACACUUUCUGUUGUUCCAAUAAAUUAGCAUAGAUGCUGACCACGUGAGUGAAAACACAGAAUUGCCAUGCCGCAUAACUACAUGAUUUCCGAAUAUUUGGUAGUGAGCAAUCAAUGAAAUAAUUAAUUUACUAAUUUUAUUUUUUCUUGUUUCAGUAACAAAAGACAUUAAUUUACAGCCAAACUGUGGUAGUGACAGAGCAUGGGUUUGGACCGCUGCAGAUUUUGCCGAUGAAGCCGUGAAAACAGAAACGCUGGCUAUUAGAUUUGCUAAUGCUGAAAGUAAGUUUUGCACAAAGGAUGGAAUGAUUUUUACAACUUGAAGCUAAAUUUUUAGGUGCCAUCAGUUCCGUUGUUGAUACUACUCAAGAUUAUUAUUAAUGAAUACCAUGUUUUCUUUUUUAUAAGCAAGACCUGGGGUAUUCAUAGUUAUAAUUCUCCUACCCUUUUUAUGUUUUUAUUCUGCCAAUAUUGCAUGAGGGAAGUGGUGAAAAAGACCUGAAUAUUUUGUGUGCUUUUAAAUCUCAAACCUUUUUUUGGUGGUAUUAGAGAAGGGGCUCUGCAAAUGAGAAACCACCUUUUUAUGAUGUGAAAGGCUGUGUGCUACAUGAAGACCCCAGCUGCAGUCUUUCAUGGAGUAGUGGUUUCUGGCCGUGUACAACAAGAAUUAUGGCCAUUUCCCUAAAUUUUAUUGUGUAACCUGGAGCUUCUUUAUAACCUGGCACCAGUCAAGUAAGUUUCUUCCAUUCCUCUCCUGAGAAAAAGGUAAUCAGAGUUAUCAAUAAAGAAGUAUUAAGAUCUUGUGAAAGUAAACUGCCAAGGUAUAAAUUAAAAGAAGCUAGCCAAUGAAAAUCACACUGUAUGUAAAUUACCUGGAUUAUCUUAAUAGUGCUCUAAUCGUUUUUGGACUUCUUUCUUAACGGCGACUAUUUUGUUGUUAAUAUUAAAAACAGAUGCCAAGAAAUUUAAAGACCUAAUUGUUGAAUGCCAAGAUAAGAUAGGCAUUCCAACAGAUGAACAAGAAAGCGACAAGCUUGCAAAAGAACUUGAAGGACUCGAAGUCAAGGAAAGUAAGGAAGAUGAUGCUAAAGAAAAUGAUUCCGAGAACAAAGAGAAUGAGACAAAAAGUAAGGACAGUGAGCAAAAUGAAUCAAACACUUCAGAAACAGAUGCAUCCGAUGAAAAUAAAAAUACCCCAAGUACAGAGGAUACACCAGAAAAAUAG